AUGUUAAAAGUUGGCUAUGAGGAGCUGGUGUUCCGCGACCGCUGGGGUGGGCUGACGCUGUUCAACGUUCGCAACUACACCACCAGGCUGCUCAUGAACAACUCUACUUUUAGGGAGCUGAACGCGGUAGACUUCAAGGUGUCUGCGGACCUGAAGUUCGUGCUGCUGAUCUCCGACGUGCGGCCGGGCUGGAGGCACGCGCGGCUGGCCAGAUACCACGUCUAUGACGUCAUCAACAGGAAUAAGAUCCCCAUAUCGCCGGUGGAGGACGACCGGUCGGCGCCGCUGCUGCAGUACGCCGAGUGGUCUCCAACGGGCUCCAGCCUGGUGUUCGUCCACGACAACGACAUCUACUACAAGCCGCGCGUCUUGAAGACUCUGGUCUGCCGGAUCACUAAUACUGGUGUCCCAGGCGUAAUCUUCAACGGCGUGCCCGACUUUCUCUACGAGACAGAAGUGCUGCGGCUGGACCGCGCGCUCUGGUUCAGUCCAGAUGGACAGACGCUGCUGUAUGCGUCCUACAACGAUUCUCUGGUGCAGCAGUACAAGUACCCCUGGUACGGAUUCGACCAGCCCGAGCCACCGGCGUACCCGUCGAUACGGACGCUGAGGUACCCUAAGGUGAACACAAACAACCCAGUGGUGACGGUGUACGUCGUCAGCCUGAAGACGCCAAAGUUCCUCUUCCCGCACGCCAUACAGUUCACGUCACAAGUUGAUAAAACAUGGUACGUGCGCUGGACGGGCUGGACGUCGGAGCGGCAGCUGGCGGUGCUGCUACUCAACCGACCGCAGAACUACUCCAUCAUCAGCGUCUGCAAUGCCGUGUCCUACAACUGCCAGGAUAUCUUCCGAGACGAGACCGACGGCUCCCGCUGGUCGGGUCUCGGCGCCGAGCCAGUAGAAGACGACUGCGGCUGGUGCGGCGGCGGCGCCCUGCUGGGCGGGCGGGACGCGGUGUUCACGACCGCCCCGGUGGCAGACGCGGCCGGCACGUGGCGGCAUGCUGUGCGCGUCACGCAUGAUAGUAGGAUGACACUGACCCAGGGCAACUUUGAAGUCACGCAGCUGGUGGGAUGGGACGAGAGGAGGAAACUGCUCUACGUCAUAGGCACGGCACCAGACAAAGCGGGCGAGCGACAUCUUUACCGCGUGAAGGUGCCGCCGGACGCCUCUACCUGGCCGGAGCCCGCCGCCUGCCUCACGUGUCCCGGCGCCGCGCCAGCCGGAGCCACUACUGAAGCCACCAGUGAUGAGCCGGAGAGCGAGAACUCCACAUCGUCCCUACCCGCGUGGCCGACGUCGACGGUGCUGCCACACGUGGCGGACGAGAACGACUCGCUGCCCGCCGAGUGCCUCUACAACAGAAUCAUGUUCAGCAAGAACUUCUCCUACUAUGUGCAGGAGUGCCUGGGCCCGGGCCCGCCGGCGGCGUGGGUGCGCGCGCGGGACGGGUCCACCCGCGCGCUGCUGUGGGGCGGAGAAGCGCUGCGGCACAAGUUCGCGCAGCUGGCACAGCCACAGGUCAAGGUGUUCAGAGUCGAGGUGCAAACAAACCGCGAGGCCCGGGUGCGGCUUCUACUGCCACCAGGGUUCAGAGAAACGGAUGACCUGCCUCUGCCACUGGUGCUUCAAGUGUCAGCUCAGCCGGGCGGGCAGCUGGUGACGGAGCGGUGGAAGCCGGGCUGGAGCUGGUACCUGGCGGCCGCCCGGAACUUCAUCGUGGCCGAGAUCGACGCCCGGGGCUCGGGGGGACAGGGAGAAGAACUGAGGACAGAAAUCUACAAUAAACUCCUGACUGUCGAUGUGGAGGAUCAAAUUGCUGUGUUAUCCUACCUCCGCGACAACCUCAAGAUGGUGGACGGUUCGCGGGUAGGAGUAUGGGGGCGCGGCUACGGCGGCGGCGCGGCAGCCGCGCUGGCGGCGGGCGACGCGCGGAAUGUCACCAGAUGUCUGGCUGCGCUUGCGCCGCUCACUGAUCUAAGACACCAUAAUUCGUACUGGACGGAGCGCUACAGCGGCUACGGGUCGUGGGCGGGGGCGCUGGGAGUCAGCGCGGUGUGGCGCCGCGCCGGCAACCUGCCCCCGCGCCGACUGUUACUUGCGCACGCGACUGCGGACCUGACGGCGCCUCCGCACCAUGCUCUAGCUUUAGCAAGGGCUCUGAUAAGGCAGGGAGCUGUGUAUACUCAUCAGGUGUACCCAGACGAAGGGCACUCCUUCGAGCGCUCUUCGCUGCACCUGCAUAAAGCCAUGGAGCAGUUCUUCGACGAGUGCUUCGGGCCGGUCGAGGUGGCCGACUGGGACGCGGCCGGCGUAGGAGGCUUGUUCCCCUUCCGCGACUAGCAGGGGGCCUGUCCCUGUUAGAGCAUCCCUUGAAUAUCUUAGGAACUGUUGGACUCGACAAACGUUAUACAAUUGGGACUGAAAAUCUUCGAGUCACUUGGAUCAAGGUAUAGUCGUUUCAUCCACGAAGACGCGCCGAAUUUUGUCGAGGGAAGCGGGUGCGGGGAAUUUGAUCCGAGCAAUCUGAGCGUCAUUAUUGUAGUGUGCGUGUGCACUCAUGGAUAAUUUAGCGUGUACCGAUAACACUCAAACAUUAGUGGAAGAAUUGUGGGGCGCGUCUUCUUGGAUGAAACGAUCUAUAGCCUCAUUCGAUCUCGUGAAAACCGUUAGACUUGACGAACGUUAGACAAUUGGGACUGAAAAUCUUCCAGAUGUCACUUGGAUCAUGGCUGCCUGUCUCGACCCAGAAUGUGGCUCAGACUGCAGGCUAUCAUAGCUCCAGUGUUUACCGCUAGGAUGUCACUUUCUUGGAUAGGGUUACCUCUUUUGUUAAUUGAUCAAAAAAGAAUCAAAUGAAACGCUAUCCUAAACGCUAAAUCCUGUAUACUCCUAAUUCCUACCCACUUUUACCUACACUUGAUGUGUCAUAUGACUGAUGUCCCUACUUACUAAAAGUUUACCAAGCGUUUGUUGCAUUUGUCAAGUAAUUCCAAUCCAAUCAAGAUGAGGUCUAUGUUGAUUCUGUGUUUCAAUAUAUCGUCCGCCUAAAUGAAAUGCUCAGACAACUUGGAGCGCUCAAACUUGACCAUUCUAUAAACGAAGCAACUUGUAAAAUUGAUGAGUAAAAAGCUCCAUAUACAUAUUUAGGACUCGUAGAGUAUUUGUGAGAUGGGGCAGUAAAAAGAAAAGCAGUUAUUGUUAAAACGGGUUAACAUCUCGCUCACGCAGAAACUGGUCUGCGGGACAAUUGUCAACUUUUUAAAAUGUUCAUGAGUAGAUUCUUACUUAAGUAAUGCAAAGGAUAAUGUUCUUUACCAUUCCAAGGUGUGAGAAUUCAAGACCUCUGUUCGGAUUCCAAAGUUCAGAGACUGGUUCCACGGCACUAAACAGACGGAACUGAAGUAACACAGUGCGAGUUCCGAGGCCGAGUUCCGUGACCCAAGGUUCCUGGCCAAUGUUCCGAGUUCCAGAACUGAGUUUCAGGUUCCGUAUUCUAGAGCCUGAGUUCCGAAGGCCGAGUUCCAAGUUCGAGGUGCCGACUGAAUGUGCUUAGUUCCUCUACGGGGCCGAGUUCCAAGUCGAAGUUCUGCGGAACAGUAGCAGGGUCUGAAUUCUCAGCUUCAUUUUUCUCGUUGUCAAAUACGUACGUUCUUUCUAAACUGGUCCGGGCCAAUCUAAAGCGCGGUCUGUGAGCACGUAGAAUUUUGUCCAAUGACCCCAAGCUACCCAUCCUUAUCGCUCGCGCGUAAUUAUGUUGUU